AUGGAUAAUGAAAAAGAAACACUCACAGUAUUAAUAUUUGUUUCUGCAGCUGGAGAAUUAGUUACGCCAAUGAUAGUAUAUCAUCAAAGACUUCCUCAAGCACUAGCAGCAUCUGUACCAAAAAAUUGGGUUAUUGGAAAAUCCGAUAGUGGUUGGAUGCAGAGUCCAACCUUUUUUGAAUAUAUGGCAAAUGGGUUUAAUGACUGGCUCACAGAAAAUAACAUUAAACGUCCAAUUUUAUGUUUAGUCAAUGGGCAUAAAUCCCACUUGACCAUGCACCCCAGUGAAUUCUGUGACAAACAUGGAAUAAUUUUAUAUUCAUUACUACCCAAUGCCACUCACAUUAUUCAGCCAGCUGAUUUAAGUGUUUCUAAACCACUGAAGUCAGAGUGGAAAAAAACAGUGCUUAAAUGGCAAAUUGAACAUUUCAAUGUUCCAUUUAACAAGGAAACCUUUGCUCCACUGGUACAUAAAACUAUAUGUAACGCUAACAUGAAAACAGCUACAGAGAAUGGAUUUGAGGCAGCUGGAAUUUACCCAUUCGACCCGGUUGAUUACACAAAGUGUGUUAAAAAUACAAUUGAGAAGCUGCAUCAGCAGAAAGAAGAUCCACUAAUUCAAGACCAAGACUUGAUGAAUCGUUUUUUUACCAUGUUAAAUGAUGUAAAACUGCCUUUAGCUGAUCGAGGAAUUGACAUUGCACCUAUCAAGAAAGAAAUACAAAAUUAUUUUUCUAGUAAUAAAUUAAAUGUUACAGAUACGUAUCUUGAAACGAAUGAUCUUUCCACCAACUUGUGCGAUCCAAUCAAGCAAAAAGAUUUAUCCCUGACUUUAGAAGAAGAAUGUUCCAACGUACAUGAUCCAGAGGACUUUUCUAGCUUUGACGAAAUUCCCAACAUACAUGAUCCAGAGCAGGAAGACUUUUUCAACUUUGACGAAAUUCCUAACAUGAAUUAUCCAGAGCAGGAAGACAUAUCUUUCAUGAAGACAAAUUCUGAAACACAGGAAAAUGAUUCAACUACUAUUCCUUCAACAGCAUUUGCAGAACUUGUUCUUCCAGGUGGAUCAAUUCUUAAUGUACCAAUUAUUGACGUUGAAGAAAAAAUACUGCAAGAAGGCUGCAUUGAUGAUGAAAAGGAUAUGGAUCUUGAACUAAAUCAUUUGGAAAACAUUGAUGUGGAAAAUCUAGACAUUGCAGACUUAAAAUUCCUUGAUGAAAUUGAUCAACUAAUUCAAGAGGGAGAGAAUGCAAAAGCUACAACAUCAAAUAUGGGUCCAAUUUUAAAAUCUAAUGACGGUGAUCAAUCUCCUUUAUUAUAUGUACCUAGCUGCUCAAAAACAUCAUCAGGUAAUUCUUUCUUAAUAUUAAUUCUAGUCCAAUGAGUACAAACUAGGUAUUAUUUUCAAUACA